AUGGGCCAUCCUACUAAUAAUAAUCAUAAUACUGCUACUAGUCGAAGCAAUAAUAGCAAAGGUUUAAGAAGACGAUUGAAAAAUAACUCGAGUAGUAGUAGCAACAGGGGAGUACGAACAACAAAUAGUAACCAACCAAAGAGCAUGGCAUUACAACAAUCUAGAUAUUCAGCAGAAUCAACUGUGAAUUCUUCUUCUUCUUCUUCUUCUUCUUCGCAACAGCAACUGCAACAACGUCAACAUUCAAGAUACCACAAUGAUUCCACGAACAACUCACGAUAUAAUAACGUAGAUGAUAAUAAUAACAGAUAUAAAAGAUUUCCAAAUAAAAGGGUACAUCCAGAGGAUGAACGUGAGACUGGACACCAACAACAACAUUCGAAUCCCAACUUUAUUAGAAAUCUACCAAGAGGUCCGAAAAGGAGACAGCCACUACCAGUAUCAAAACAACAGCAACUCCCUCAUUCAUUGCCUAGUGGACCUGCUGCUUCAUCCCGUUAUGACCCAAAUUCUAAACCAAAACAAAUGGGAACGGCAAGAACUCGAUUACCACCAAGACCUUCUUUCACUAAAACUUUAGGACCUUCAGCUGUGUCACCAAACUCUAUACCAGUACCUUCGACAACAUCAAGAGAUCAUAAAAAAAAAUUAUACCGCCUCCACCGCCACCAACUUCUUUUUCUUACACAAACAAGGACAUCAUCAAUAUAUGAACAAAUUAGUCAAGUUGGUGAAGGAACAUACGGUAAAGUAUUCAAAUCCAAAAAUAAAAACACAAAACAAUUGGUUGCAUUGAAAAAAUUAAGAUUAAAUUCUGAAAAGGAUGGAUUCCCCAUCACUUCCAUAAGAGAAAUAAAAUUAUUACAAUCCUUUAAUCAUGAAAAUAUUGCAGUUUUACGUGAAAUAAUGGUUGAAUCUAUCUCUUCAUCUUCUGCAAAUUCAUCACCGUCAAUGUCAUCAUCAUCAUCCUCAAAUUCAGGACAAUCAAAUCUACUGAAUGGAUCCUCCAAUAUAGGGAUAAUAAAUUCAAUAUAUAUGAUCUUUCAAUACGCUGAUAAUGACUUAACCGGUCUGUUAAAUGACAAAAAUUUACAAAUUAAACCAUCUCAAUGUAAACAUCUCCUUAAACAAUUACUACAUGGUGUUCAAUAUUUACAUGAUUCAUUCAUAUUACAUAGAGAUAUUAAAGGUUCUAAUAUCUUAGUAGAUAAUUUAGGUAAUUUGAAAAUUACCGAUUUUGGUCUAGCAAGGAAAAUUCUUCCUCAUUCACCUUCAGACAAAAAAGAUAUAAUUAAUGAUUAUACUAAUCGUGUCAUCACUUUGUGGUAUCGACCUCCUGAAUUAUUAAUGGGCACAACAAAUUAUUCCACAGAAGUAGAUAUGUGGGGUUGUGGUUGCAUACUAAUUGAAUUAUUUAAUAAAGUGGCAAUUUUCCAAGGUAUGAAUGAAAUUGAACAAUUAGUGUCAAUUUUUAAAAUAUUAGGAUCACCCACUUUGGAAAAUUUCCCCAAUUUCUUCUCAAUGCCAUGGUUCUUUAUGAUUAUCCCAUUGUUGAAUGAAAAAUAUAACGAUUGCUUUGAAGAGAAAUUUAAAAACAUUUUGCCCAGUGAAGAAUGUCUUAAAUUGGUGAGAGGUUUGCUCUUGUAUGAUCAAUCGAAAAGAUUGUCUGCUCAUGAAGCAUUACAGAGUCAAUAUUUUAUAGAAGAUCCAAAACCUGAACCAUUGAUAUUAAAAGGAUAUGGUGGUUCUCAUGAAUAUGAGAUGAAAUUAGCAAGAAGAUUACAAAAACGUGAAGAAAUGAAAAAACAUUCAAAAUCGUAA